AAAUUUUCCCCUAAAUUCCUAUGCCUUAAGUACCAACACAGAUCUCCUCUUUCGAUCAACAUUGAAAACAUUUCUAGUCCACAAUCCACAAUACCAAAAAAAUGAUCAUCUCUAUAACGUGUACUGCAUUUAGUUUUCCAAAAGUCUUUGAAUUAAAUAGUUGUUGAUAAGAGUAUGUAAGAUCUUUAAAUAAGACUACAGUUGUAGUUGUUGUAGUUUUAGAAAAGACGCUUUAUUUAAAGGUGUUAAUCAAAAUGCGUGAGUGAACACCAUUUCUAUAACGUAACAUACUUUUUCAAAAGCAUUGUUCUUUGAGUUGUUUUUGUACGGUUUGGUUGUUAAAAGUUUAAUAUUGGAAAACAGUUUUAUUUUCUGUUCUUAUAUGUCUGUUGAGGCGAAAAACACAGCAGAUUUUUGGCGACGAGAAUUGUGGAAAACGAUUUACUAAUCUGUUAAAGUAAAUAGCAAUUUCAUUUGUUUCCUAGGAAAGAUUUCAAUCAAUCUAUUGUCCAAAUGGGACUUUUCAUGCUCGUGACCUUGCUUCUCAAUAUUUUCUGCUUUGCUUCGAUAAAGUCAGACGAGAAUCAAGGUACAAGCAAAUCUGUUUUCAAAGAAGUGCACAACCCUACUCAGAUAACGACAAGCAUGUUGCAUAAGACCUUCCAUCAAUGCAGCCUUGAUAACACCUGUCGUUACGUUGUUAAGGAUAUCAAGAACCACAUUUUUCAUCGAUUUAGAGAUGAGCAAGAUAUCCCGACCGAGAGAUCAAACUUCGUUAUAUGGUCUAAGAAACAGGCAAGAAGAGGCGUUCAAGGAAAUAUAGCUUAUAAGAAGCCGUCCUUGCAUUCAUCCGCUCAUAAAUAUGAUGGAAUUGCAUUUGUUGCCAGCUUUGGAAAUGACGGUAACAAAACUGGGGCCUUGCAGCGAUGCAGUAUCACAAAAGCUGACAUAUUACCCUGGUGGCAAGUGGACUUAACAAGGCAAGCUGCUGUCACAAGUGUCCAAAUAAAAAGUGGCGCAACAUGGGGUCAAGAAAGAAUCAAUCCAUUUGAUAUCAGUGUUGGAGAUGCUAGAUCAAGUGGUGGGCGCAACAAUGCGCUUUGCGUAAAAGAUGGAACGUUGGCAAUCGGAGAAUUGAAAAAGUUUGAUUGUCCAAGGCUUUUUUUGCUUGGUCGGAAUGUGACUGUGUUCUUGAACAGGGAAGAAUAUCUUCAAGUAUGUGAGCUUGAGGUUUACAAAUUUCAAACAGAAUGGUUCGUGUAAAAGAUCGUUAUUGGUAGAUUUCAUGUUAUAUAAUGAUCAUUCCGUAUGUAUGCUCUUUGCAGAGUCUUUAACGGCAUGUUGAAGUGGCUUUGAAAGAAGCAAACAAUAUGAAACAUACUAAGGUUUUCCGUCGGAGUAACACUCUUUGGAGUAUAAUUCGUCAGAACAUAGAUUAAAUAACUUUAUUUCUUUCCUUCUUUGCAUUAAUUUUAUAACAUUUGCGCACUUUUCUCUCUUUUAUGUCAUCAAAACAUCGAGAAUCUUUAGGAUCCUGUGAGCAUAGGUUCAAAAUCUCUGAUUGGCUGAGCGACCAAAAUCCUGCAUAUCCCAUUAGCCAAUCAGAAUUCAACAAUAUAAUAACAAAUUUGCCUUGCAGCUAAAUUUAGGCCAAUUUUUGAUGUUUUUACCACUACCCGCAAGAAAUAAUUGUGUCAAAUGUGCUGAAAGAUAAUCUAAAUUUUCUUUAAA